AUGGUUCCGGUUCCAGGCUCCGGACUUCCGGCUGGCUCCCUGCGUUGCCAUGUGCGAGGUGCCCGAAGAGGUUCAGCGCUUCCUGCAGCAGCACCCGGUGCUGCGCCUCGUCGAGCCGGGCAACAAGGUGAGAUGCAGGUUGACGGGCCAUGAGCUGCCAUGUCGGAUGCCGGAGCUGCAAGCUUAUACUAGUGGCAAGAAGUAUCUGAGACUGAUAAAGACAGCAAGAGCAUUCGACUACAGCGAGUUUGAACCACACAUUGUGCCCAGUACCAAGAAUCCCCAUCAGUUGUUUUGCAAGCUCACUCUCAGGCACAUCAACAAGCUUCCAGAGCACGUGCUGCGUCAUGUCCAAGGAAAACGCUAUCAGAAAGCGCUGAAAAAAUAUGAGGAGUGCCAGAAGGAGGGUGUGGAGUACGUCCCUGCCUGCCUCCUGCAGAAGAGACAGCGGCGGCGGCGAGAUGACCAGGCCAAUGGGAGCAGGCAUCCCUGCAGAAAGGGAGAAUUCUGGGAGCCUAUGUCCAGUGAAGAGGAAGGAGAGGACACCGAUGACAGCAUGAGUGACCUAUACCCAUCUGAACUCUUCCCAGAAAAAAAGCCCACGGUGCAAGGCAAUGGGGAAGGUGAGAAUGACUUUGUGACGGACAGCGAGGAAGACGUGGCCAGGCCCGCAGAGGAGAGUGAGAAGAUGGAGGAGCCCAGACGAGCUAGCAAGAAAAGAGGAAAGCCACAGCUGAGUUCCUUAAAGAAGAAAUUUAAGAGUCACCAUCGAAAACCCAAAAGCUUCAAGGCGGCAGCCAAUGGCAAAUAAACUUUUCUGAAUCUGCUACCUGUGGCAUAGAGGAUAUUAAUACGCCAAAGGGAACACCGUCCCCAACAGGGUCACCAACCAUGCACUAAGGCUGGAUACAACAAAGAUGCCAAAGUUUUAUUUUGAUGGUUUCCAAAAAUCAAAACAUUUUCAAACACAACUAAGAUACAAAAUACAGCAUAAAAUGAGAUUUUAUACCUAUUUCUUUCCACAAAGCAAAAAAAAAAAAAAAAAAAAAA